AUGAAGGCUUUAUCCUUGUUCUUUACGAAUGAUAUGCUGAAAUUUUUAGCGGAUCAGGCUCUUCUUUACGAGUUCGCACAGUCGCUUGCUGUUCGAACUUUCCUGCGCAUGCGCAACUUGCCGUUUACUUCUGAAAAGCGUCGCAAUGCUCCGUACAUCUCUCCAACAGGUCUUUUGCCUGUGCUGCAGUCCGGUUCGGUGCUUGUAUCGGGUUUUGACGCAAUCGUGGAAUUUAUCGGUUUGAAGGAUUGGCAAACUGCUGACAGCCUUUCGGACUUACAGGCGAUCGAUGUCCGUGCGAGCUGUUGUUAUGUGAUGGAGAUGCUGCUGAAAGCGGAAGUAGGUAUCCCGUUGACGAUUAACCUCGUGACUUAUGUGCAAAACUGGACGGUGAUAUAA